AUGGCUCCCGCGCUCACAGUCGACACGCCCGCGUCUGCUCCACUGGCCGAGUUCUUCUGGAUAGCCGGCGUCGACGGCUCAGAGAUCCUGGACAUAUACUCGAAGCUCGGGGAGGAGUACAAGGCGUCCCGGUCGCCUGCGCCGCCGGUCACAGAUACCAUCGAGGAGGACGCAGACGCAGAGGUCGAGGAGGAGAGCCUGUCGACAGGCACCUCGCCGGCCGUCUCGAACAGAAACUCCGUCCAGUUCCCCAAGACCGCCGACGAGGCGCGGCUCUCCUUCCGAUCCUCGACCUUUGAGCCGGCUUCCUCGAGCGCCGCAGAGCCCCAUAGCAACAGGAGCAGUCUGACCAUCAAAGCUGCUUCCAGCACGAACGGAAACAGCACGGGGAGCUCGUUUCUCAGCGAGGCUGACUUCGACGACGCCCUUCGCAAGUUCGCCUCCGAGCGAGACUCCUUCUUGACGGACCUGACUCUCAGUGCCGGGGCCGUUGUGCCAAACAGACCCAAGCCUCGACCGAGGACACAGAAGAUCGUCGCCGAAGAUGUCAAUUCGUUAAAGUCCAGCAUUGGGACCGUCCGAAGGCACAUGUCCUUUAGAGACAUGAGCAGCAUGAAAAGACAGCCCUCCAUUGCACGGCAAUCUUCGGUUCGAACAUCCAGACGCCUAAGCAACUACAAUUCAGUCAUUCCAGUACCCCAGCCGCUCGAGAUGCCUGCAAACAUGCACCCGCUGAAACGGAAAUUCGAACCAGUCCUUCUCGACAGAUACCCACCCAAGGGUGCCCCCAACGAAAACCAACGGAGAGGGAAGUUCCCAGACUACAUCCCCAUGUUCGCCUUCCCCAACGACAUAAACAUCGUCUCUUCUGACCAGCGGCCGAGGUCAACCUGGCAUGGCUUUGCAAUGACCGGUGGUGAUGGGUCUAAGCUCCACGGGGUCUGUGUGACCGUGUGGAUUCCCUUGAACCAUAAUGCCGCAGACGAGCUGGAGAAGAGAUGCGAGGAAUGGAGAAGAGAUAACAUGACUAACGAGGAGAGAGAGCUCGCCGCCAGCCUAGGCGAACGGCUCGGCCUUGAACGUGCUAAGCUUUCUCGGCUGCUCGCUCAGCUCCCUACUGUCCCCUCUGGGUCUGCUUCCCGAGAGAACCUUGAGGAUGAAAUAAGCGCCGUUGAGGAGAAGAUUGGAUUGAUGGCUGACCUUUUGCGCCCCGUUCGCCACGGUGCCGCCUCCAAGAUCGACGGGUUAACCGACGGAGAUACCGGAUUUUGGAUACCUCGGGCUUACGGAAUUCUUGGAAAGGAUGCCUCCAUGGUGACCUUUUGGAAAGAGUGGCUCAAAGCCGUCACAGUACCCAUGAUGGACGGCGCUAUCUUGAGGGUUCCUCCGACUUCUCCCAGGGUAGGCAGAUGGCAGCCCCUCGAGAGAUACGUGGUAAACCUGUGCAUGGAGGCCUUCAGCCCCAUAUCUUCCAAAACACAGGUGGAACUCUCAAUCCGCGAGUUGCGGCUCUUUGCUAGAAAGGAGGCUCUUAACGAACUCCCCGGAUCUCGAAAUACUGAUUUAUACCCCCUAUUCCGCGCUCUCUCAGUCUCAAACAUUAUCAUAUUAUUCGAGUAUGCUCUCGCCGAAUCGAGAAUAAUAUUCCUAUCAUCCUACAUCUCUAUGUUAAAUCUCGCAAGUAAAGCACUGAUAGAACUCCUAUUCCCUUUCCAGUGGACUGGCGUUUUUAUACCCAUUCUUCCGGCUCGGCUUAUCCAAGCUAUCGAAGCACCCUGCCCUUAUAUCGUCGGCAUCGAAAGACGAUAUGAAAAUAUCGAAUUUCCUGCAGACGACUUUGUUCUCGUUGAUCUCGACCAGGAUCUCAUCGAAAGCACAUCUCGUCCUACUCCUCUCCCUCGCCAUCAACGCCGAAAACUCCAAUCCUUGCUGCAAGCUGCUGCUCCUCUUCACCAUCGCUACGGUGUCAGUGCUGGGCCACCUGCAUAUGCCAUGGAGACCUUCCCGUACGAUUGUGUCCCCGCAGAGAUCCCAUCAAUAUACUCUCCAAAGGCGCCAUCUACAAACUUACCGAAAUUCGUUGCUUUAAACUCUGCAUCUUUUGGACAGCAAUCAUCCGUUAACCCUGCUCCUAUCUACAAUACCUUCCUGUGCUCUAAAGGCGACGCUUCCCUUUCAAGAGGCAAUGAGCGGCCCUCUACCAGCUCUACCUCAAAGAACAGUAACCCGUCCUCACCCAGAACCGCCUCGCCAACCUCUAUUAAAUUCCCGCACCCAUCUACUCCAAUCUCUCGGAACGAUUCCGGGUUUGCAUUGCAGGCAUCCCUUCGUGAAAAGCGAUCGGGCCACUUUGACCAGGCUUCCCGCAGGAGUUCGUCACUAGCCAUCGAUCGACGACAGAUACCCAGGAGGCCCAGCGUUCCUUUCCUCGGUCAUUCCUCAAAUCUCUCGGUAACUACAUUAAAUACGGAUGCGGGAACUUCCGUAUAUGCACCGUCGAUAUAUGCACAAUCCACAAUCGCUGCCUCAACAAUAAUGCCUCAACAUUUCCAACCUAUACGGAGCCCAGCUGGAUCCACCAUGAUAGAAGGUCAUUGUUUGCAAUUAUUGCGGCCUGUGGAUGAAAGAUCGACAUGUGACAUUUGUGAUGAAAGAGCAGACGAGGCAACCUAUAGGUGCACCGGUUGCACAACCAUUGUACACCACCGCUGUGCUGGACAGAUUUGUCUGGUGUGCCCUGUUGCAUUCCAUCCAGAUCAGAUCCGUGCUGCCUUCGUACGAUGCUUUGCGAGUUUACUGUAUACCUACAAGAAAUUCCUCCGACCUGCCACUGGAGACAAGAAGAAGAACGGCCUCACUUAUGAUUUCCAAAUGGAAGCUUUCCUCAAGAGUUUACCACACGAACAUGCAGCGUACAUGACGGUCCUGCAGCAAACUCAAGGCAUGUAUCAAGUCAAACCUAAGAGAGUUUGGGCGUUAUUACUAAUUUCCCUGUAG